GCAAGGCCCCGAGAUCAAAUCCCAGUACCGCCAAACCCAAAGUGGGACUCGGGCGGUUUGGAGUAACGCCGGCCUACAGGCGGGACACUGAGCCGAGCAUCGCAUGUGUUCCUGGGACGUGGGCGCGGGCCCGGGAGGGGCGGCGGGAUGUCCCUUCAGUGUCGCCUCCUUUCGCUAAUGACAAAUAAACCCUGUGUGUUUCUAAGGCGUGCUGUGCUGCUUUGCUUUCUUGAGGCUCGGCACGUGGUCAGCCGGGGACCCUGCGGCGCCUUCCUGAUCCGUGCGACCCGGGAAGGACGCUCUGUCCCCGGCCGCCUCUGGCCUCGCGGGACACUGGCUCGCGGUCCAGUACCGGGCAGGACAGGACAGGGCGCGGGGCGGGGCGGCCCUGGCGCCGGCGCAGCUGCCCGGACGCCUGUUGUUAAGGGCGCCGUUGCUACGGACGCCCGCCGGCUCCGGGUCCAGUUCCCGCGCCAUGGACGACCUGCGGGUGCUGUGGAUGCGCGACCGCGUCUAUGCGGCCUUCGGCAUCACUGACCCCUACCUCUUCGAGGACAUGCUGAAUCGCGAUGACGCCGAGGCCGAGGACCUCAUCCUGCACUUCCUCAACCACCGGACGGAAGAGGAGGGCGCCGCCACGCUCUUCUUCCACCGCGUCCUGGUGCCCGAGGAGGUGGAGGUGGAGAUCGACAACGAAGCAUCUGUCCUGUCUGAAGAGGAGAAUGAAGAAGAAGAGAAUGAUUAUCAAAACAUAGAUGUCACAGAUAAAGCGUCAGCAAAGACUUUUCAGGUGAAAAGCAAUUCCUUCACACUGUCCCUAGCCGGCAUGGAGGAUGAGGAGGUGGACCAGGAGCUCUCAGACAGACUCCCUGCCACGAGGGUGGUGACACACAUCGUUGAGAAGCCACAACUGCAGGUGUUCUACACGCCUCUCCCGGAGGAUUUCCAGGACCAGAACAUGGUGUUUUUUCUCCGGAACACGACAGAGACCAUUGCUGAGCCCAGUGACAUGAAGGAAGCCAUGGAGAUUAUGCCCCAGACACUGGAGUAUGGAAUCCUAAAUGCUCACACGCUCCACUUCCUGAGGGACGUCAUCUGUGAGGUUUUCUUGCCGGCCCUGUCCUUUAACCAGCACAAGGCGGACACAGGCCUGGGAGCCUCAUCUGCGGAUGUCCCUGAGAUGGCUGAGCACGAGCCGGAGCAGCCCAGCACACACGCAGAGGCCGUGGAGUACCACAGUGCGCAGCUGAUCCGUGACGAGUUCCUGAUGAACAUUCAGAAAUUUGAGGGCAGCAUCCAGAGGACCAUACAGCAGCUGGAAGGUGAGAUCAAGCUGGAAAUGCCAACCGUCAGCGUGGAGGGGGAGGUGUCCGAGCUGGCAGCGAACCCAGAAAUCAUGGAGGCCUUGGAGCAGUGUGUGAUCAACUGGCUAAAUCAGAUAUCAGCUGCUGUGGAGGGCCAGCUGAAGAAGACACCCCAGGGUAAUGGCCCUCUGGCUGAAAUCGAAUUCUGGCGGGAGCGAAACGCAACCUUAAGCGCGCUGCAUGAACAAACCAAGCUUCCCACAGUCAGGAAAGUCUUGGACGUGAUCAGGGAAGCAGAUUCCAUGCUGGUGGCCAACGCACAGCCCGUCCUCACCGAGCUGUUCAGGUUCCACACAGAGGCCUCAGACAACGUGCGCUUCCUGUCCACCGUGGAGCGCCACUUCAAGAACCUCACACACGGUGCCAGCUUCCGCGUGGUGCUGGACACCAUCCCGUCCAUGAUGAGCGCGCUGAGAAUGGUGUGGAUCAUUUCGCGCCACUACAACAGGGAUGAGCGCAUGGUCCCGCUCAUGGAACGCAUCGCCUGGGAGAUCGCCGAGCGCGUGUGCAGGGUGGUCAGCCUGCGCACGCUCUUCAAGGAGAACCGAGCCAGCGCGCAGCACAAGAUCUUGGAGGCCAAGCAGACCCUCACCCUGUGGAAGAAGGCCUACUUCGACAUCCGGGCCAAGAUCGAGGCCUCGGGCCGAGAGGCGCGCUGGGAGUUCGACCGGAAGCGGCUGUUUGAAAGGACAGACUACAUGGCCUCCAUCUGUCAGGACCUGUACGACAUCCUGCAGGUUUUGGAGGAAUUCUACAACAUAUUUGGUCGACUAAAGGCCGUGACGGGAGACCCCAAGCGCAUCGAUGAUGUCCUUGGCAGAGUGGACAGCCUGGUCACCCCCAUGGAAAGCCUGUCCUUUGACCCCUUCUGCAUCACAUCCUCCCAGUACUGGAAAUAUGUGAUGGACGACUUCAAGAUCGAAGUUUUGGUUAUUGAGAAAGAAGCAAAAAAUUUUAUUGAUGAAUCUUUUAAGACGCUUCGCUCGGCUGAAGCGGCAUUUGACAUGCUUUUGAAAUUCAAGCACAUCCGGUCACGGGAGGCCAUCAACCGACAAAUGAUGAUGAAGUUCAAUGACAUUCUCGCACAGUACUGCAAAGAGAUCGACAUAGUCAAUAAGAUCUUCGUCCAGAACCUGGAGAGCCCACUUCUGUACAAGAACCACCCUCCAGUGGCGGGUGCCAUAUACUGGGAGCGGUCACUGUUCUACAGGAUCAAACACACCAUUCUCCGCUUCCAGGAGGUGGAGGAGAUACUGGACAGUGAGCGGGGCCAGGAGGUAAAACAAAAAUAUUUGGCAGUAGGUAGGACCAUGAAAGAGUACGAAGAUCGAAAGUAUGAGCACUGGAAGGAGGCCACGGAGCAGGUCCUCCCGAACCUCAUGAAGAAGAGUUUGCUCACUAAGACUUUGACCAGCAAGGAGACCACCACGGUGGAGAGGGGAGCCGUGUUUGCCAUCAACUUUUCUCCUGCUCUCAGGGAGAUCAUAAACGAAGCCAAGUACAUGGAGCAGCUGGGCUUCGCUGUCCCUGAGUUAGCAAGGAAUGUAGCUCUUCAGGAGGACAAGUUCCUCAGGUACACAGAUGGGAUGCAGCGUAUGCUGGACCAUUACCACGCACUCGUCAGCACGCUGAACGAGGCGGAGACGAUCCUCUUGGAUGACCAUUCCCAGGAGCUCAUCAGAGUGUUCCGGUCUGGGUACAAGAGGCUGAACUGGAACUCUCUAGGCAUUGCGGACUACAUAACCCGGUGCAAACAGGCCAUUGGGAAGUUUGAGACUCUUGUCCACCAGAUUCAUAAGAACGCAGACGACAUUUCCUCCAGGCUGGCAUUAAUCGAGGCCAUCAACCUUUUCAAGUAUCCGAUGCCCAAGAACGAGGAAGAGCUUCCAGGUGUGAAGGAAUUCUUUGAGCACAUUGAGCGAGAGAGGGCCAAAGACGUGGACCUCAUGGUUAGGUGGUAUAUGGCCAUCGGGCCUCUGCUGACCAAGGUGGAGGGUCUGGUAAUCCACACAAACACAGGCAAGGCCCCCAAACUGGCCUCCUACUAUGAGUACUGGGAAGGCAAGAUCUAUGACGUCCUGACCAAGCUUAUCCUCAAGAAUCUGCAGUCUUUCAAUUCUUUAAUCCUGGGACGCAUCCCUCUGUUCCAAGCGGAAACAAUUUUGACAGCUCCGGAGAUCAUCUUACACCCCAACGCCAAUGAGAUCGACAAGAUGUGUGUGCACUGUGCCCGCAACUGCGUGGAGGUCACCAAGCAUUUUGUCCGGUGGAUGAACGGCAGCUGCAUAGAGUGUCGCCCGCAGAAGGGGGAGGAAGAGGAGCUGGUGACAGUGAACUUCUACAGUGACAUCUCCCUGAACCCCCAGAUCACGGACCAAGCCGUCAUGAUCCCCCAGAACGUGCACAGACUCCUGGUCAACCUGAUGAAAUACCUGCAGAGAUGGAAGCGCUACCGCCCCCUCUGGAAGCUGGACAAGGCCAUCGUGAUGGAGAAGUUCGCUGCCAAAAAGCCACCUUGCGUGGCCUACGACGAGAAGCUGCAGUUCUACUCCAAGAUCUCCUGCGACGUGAUGCGCCACCCGCUGGUCAAGGAUGAGCACUGCAUCCGGCUGCAGCUAGGACCGCUGGCCAGCACCGUGCAGGAAAAUGCAAAGUCCUGGGUGGUCUCCCUUGGAAAACUCCUCAAUGAGUCGGCCAAGGAGGAGCUCUACAGCCUCCAAGAAGAGAUAGAGGAAAUGGCCAAAAAUCUUAAGAAGAGCCCCAGUACCCUGGAGGAUCUCAAGUUCGUUCUGGCCACGAUCGCCAACAUCAGGACUAAGUCUUUAGUCAUGGAGCUUAGGUACAAGGACGUCCAGGAGCGGUACCGCACCCUGGCCAUGUACAACAUCCUGACCUCUGAAGCAGAGAAAGAGCUGGUUGAGAAGAUUGAGAGCAUGUGGUUAAACCUCUUCAAUGAGUCCCUGAAUGUGGAGCACUCUCUGGGGGGCAUCAAGAGAACUUUCACCGAGAUCACCCGUGGUGAAAUAAUGAGCUACAGAUCUGAGAUAGAGGACUUUGCAAAGCGUUUUUACAGUGAAGGCCCGGGAUCUGUGGGUGAAGACCUCGAUAAAGGAGUAGAACUUCUGGGCAACUUUGAAAAAGAGCUAGCGAAGCACGAGAAGAACCGGCAGGAGCUGGCGAACGCGGAGAAGCUCUUCGACCUUCCGAUCACCAUGUACCCACAGCUGCUCAAGGUGCAGAAGGAGAUGAGCGGGCUGAGGCUGAUCUAUGACAUCUACCAGGACCUGAAGGUUGCUAAAGAAGAGUGGUCACAGACGCUCUGGGUCAACCUGAACGUCCAGUUUCUCCAGGAGGGAAUUGAAGGCUUCCUGAAGAGCCUGCGUAAGCUGCCCCGGCCAGUCCGCAGCUUGUCGGUGGCUUUCCACUUGGAGGCCACAAUGAAGGCGUUCAAAGAGUCCAUUCCUCUGCUGCUGGACUUGAAACACGAGGCUCUGAGAGACAGGCACUGGAAGGAGCUCAUGGAAAAGACCGGUGUCUUUUUCGAGAUGACUGAGACCUUCACCUUGGAAAACAUGUUUGCCAUGGAGCUGCACAAACACACGGACGUCCUCAAUGAGAUCGUCACCGCAGCCGUCAAGGAAGUCGCCAUCGAGAAGGCUGUGAAGGAAAUCCUCGACACGUGGGAAAACAUGAAAUUCACAGUUGUCAAGUAUUACAAGGGCACACAGGAGCGAGGCUACAUCUUGGGGUCUGUGGACGAAAUUACCCAGUGCCUCGAUGACAGCACGGCCAACCUGCAGAGCAUCUCGGGAAGCAGAUUCGUGGGGCCUUUCCUGCAAACCGUCCACAAGUGGGAGCAAACGCUGUCCCUCAUCGGGGAGGUCAUCGAGAUUUGGAUGUUGGUUCAGAGAAAAUGGAUGUAUCUUGAGAGCAUUUUCAUUGGUGGGGACAUAAGAGCACAACUUCCGGAUGAGGCAAAAAAGUUUGACAACAUCGACCGAAUAUUCAAAAGGAUCAUGGGUGAGACCUUGAAGGACCCAGUGAUCAAACGGUGCUGUGAGGCCCCAAACCGCCUCAGCGACCUGCAGAACAUCAGCGAGGGCCUGGAGAAGUGUCAGAAGAGCCUGAAUGACUACCUGGACUCCAAGAGGAAUGCCUUCCCCCGCUUCUUCUUCAUCUCCGAUGACGAGCUGCUCAGCAUCCUGGGCAGCAGCGACCCGCUGUGCGUCCAGGAGCACAUGAUCAAGAUGUAUGACAACAUAGCUCUGCUGAAGUUCAACGACGGAGACAGUGGAGAGAAGCUGGUGUCUGCCAUGAUCUCGGCAGAGGGAGAGGUCAUGGACUUCCGGAGGGUCAUCCGUGCGGAGGGGCGCGUGGAGGACUGGAUGACAGCCGUGCUAAACGAGAUGAGAAGGACCAACAGGCUCAUCACCAAGGAGGCCAUCUUCAGAUACUGCGAGGACCGGAGCAGAGUGGACUGGAUGCUCCUAUAUCAAGGCAUGGUGGUGCUGGCCGCCAACCAGGUGUGGUGGACCUGGGAGGUGGAGGACGUCUUCCAUAAGGUGCAGAAAGGGGACAAGCAGGCCAUGAAGAACUAUGGCAAGAAGAUGCACCAGCAGAUAGACAACCUGGUCACACGCAUCACCCUACCAUUGAGCAAAAAUGACAGGAAGAAGUUUAACACUGUCCUCAUCAUCGACGUGCAUGCCAGGGACAUUGUGGACUCUUUCAUCAGAGGCAGCAUCCUGGAGGCCCAGGAAUUCGAGUGGGAAAGCCAGCUGCGGUUUUACUGGGACCGGGAGCCUGACGAACUCAACAUCCGCCAGUGCACGGGGACCUUUGGCUAUGGGUACGAGUACAUGGGCCUCAACGGGAGGCUGGUCAUCACGCCCCUCACGGACCGCAUCUACCUGACGCUCACACAGGCCCUGUCCAUGUACCUGGGUGGGGCCCCCGCUGGCCCAGCAGGCACCGGUAAAACUGAGACCACCAAGGACCUGGCGAAGGCCCUGGGCCUGCUGUGUGUUGUCACCAACUGUGGCGAAGGCAUGGACUACAAAGCCAUUGGGAAGAUCUUCUCUGGCCUGGCCCAGUGCGGGGCGUGGGGCUGCUUCGAUGAGUUUAACCGGAUCGACGCCUCUGUGCUGUCCGUCAUCUCCUCGCAGAUCCAAACCAUCCGAAACGCGCUGAUACACCAGCUGACCACCUUCCAGUUCGAAGGGCAGGAGAUCUCCCUGGACUCUCGGAUGGGCAUCUUCAUCACCAUGAACCCCGGCUACGCGGGCCGCACGGAGCUGCCCGAGUCGGUGAAGGCGCUCUUCCGGCCCGUGGUGGUCAUCGUGCCGGACUUGCAGCAGAUCUGCGAGAUCAUGCUCUUCUCUGAGGGCUUCCUGUGGGCCAAGACGCUGGCCAAGAAGAUGACCGUCCUGUACAAGCUGGCGCGGGAGCAGCUGUCCAAGCAGCACCACUAUGACUUUGGGCUCCGCGCACUCAAGUCCGUGCUGGUCAUGGCAGGCGAGCUGAAGCGGGGCUCCGCUGACCUGCCCGAGGACGUGGUUCUGAUGAGGGCUCUGCGAGACAUGAAUCUGCCCAAGUUUGUGUUCGAGGAUGUCCCUCUUUUCCUGGGCUUGAUCUCCGACCUGUUCCCCGGGCUGGACUGCCCUCGCGUGCGUUACCCCGACUUCAACGAUGCCGUGGAGCAGGUGCUGGAGGACAGUGGCUAUGUGCUUCUGCCCGUGCAGGUGGACAAGGUGGUUCAGAUGUUCGAGACCAUGAUGACCCGUCACACGACGAUGGUGGUGGGGCCCACAGGAGGAGGCAAGUCUGUGGUCAUCAACACUCUGUGCCAGGCACAGACCAAGCUUGGACUUAUGAUGAAGUUGUAUAUCCUGAACCCCAAAGCUGUGAGUGUCAUCGAGCUCUAUGGCAUCCUGGACCCCACCACCCGAGACUGGACGGAUGGGGUGCUGUCAAACAUCUUCAGAGAAAUCAACAGGCCAACCGACAAGAAGGAGCGGAAGUAUAUUUUGUUUGAUGGUGACGUGGAUGCUCUGUGGGUGGAAAACAUGAAUUCCGUGAUGGAUGACAACAAGCUGCUGACCUUGGCCAAUGGGGAACGCAUCCGGCUUCAAGCUCACUGUGCUCUGCUCUUUGAGGUUGGAGAUCUGCAGUACGCCUCUCCUGCAACCGUGUCCCGGUGUGGAAUGGUUUACGUGGAUCCAAAAAACUUGAAAUAUCAGCCUUACUGGAAGAAAUGGGUCAAUCAAAUACAAAACAAGGCAGAGCAGAAGGAUUUAAAUAACCUGUUUGACAAAUACGUGCCCUACCUCAUUGAUCUGAUCUUGGAAGGGAUUGUGGAUGGCAGGCAGGGGGAGAGGCUGAAGACCAUCGUUCCUCAGACAGACCUAAAUAUGGUAACCCAGUUAACCAAGAUGUUGGAUGCAUUACUAGAAGGAGAACUAGAGGACCCUGACCUGACGGAGUGCUACUUCCUGGAGGCCCUGUACUGCUCGCUGGGUGCCUCCCUGCUCGAGGAUGGAAGGAUUAAGUUUGAUGACUGCAUUAAACGCCUUGCAUCUCUGUCCAUUGCUGAAACAGAAGGGGUUUGGGCCAGCCCUGGUGAAUUGCCAGGCCAGCUUCCAACCUUGUAUGACUUCCAUUUUGAGUCCAAGUCCAACAAAUGGAUCCCAUGGAGUAAACUGGUUCCAGAGUACACCCACGACCACAGCAGGAAAUUCAUCGACAUCCUGGUCCAUACGGUGGACACGACCCGCACCACCUGGGUAUUGGAACAAAUGGUGAAAAUUAAGCAGCCUAUUCUCUUCAUCGGUGAAUCCGGGACUUCUAAGACGGCCACGACCCAGAACUUCCUCAGAAGUCUGAAUGGAGAGACCAGCAUCGUGUUAAUGGUUAAUUUCUCCUCCCGCACCACGUCCCUGGACAUCCAAAGAAAUUUAGAAGCCAACGUGGAAAAGCGAACCAAAGACACUUACGGGCCACCCAUGGGAAAGCGCCUGCUGGUGUUCAUGGAUGACAUGAAUAUGCCAAAGGUGGACGAAUAUGGCACACAGCAGCCUAUCGCUCUGCUGAAGCUGCUCCUGGAGAAGGGCUUCUUGUACGACCGCGGGAAGGAGCUGAACUGCAAGAGCAUCCGAGACCUGAGCUUCAUUGCCGCCAUGGGCAAGGCCGGGGGAGGCCGCAAUGAGGUGGACCCCAGGUUCAUCUCCCUCUUCAACGUCUUCAACGUGCCAUUUCCUUCCGAGGAGUCGCUGCACUUGAUCUAUUCCUCCAUCCUGAAAGGCCACACCUCGAACUUUCAUGAGAGCAUCAUGGCCAUGAGCACCACGCUGACCUCUUGCACGUUGGUACUUUACAAAAACAUUGUUCAGGACCUGCUGCCCACCCCUUCCAAGUUCCAUUACAUCUUCAACCUUCGAGAUCUCUCCCGGGUGUUUAAUGGUCUUGUCCUCACUAACCCGGAGCGGUUCCAGACGGUGACCCAGAUGGUGAGGGUCUGGAGGAAUGAGUGUCUGAGGGUCUUCCAUGAUCUGAUCAACGAAACAGAUAAGCAACUGGUGCAAGAUCACAUAAAAAACUUGGUUGAAGAGCAUUUCAACAGUGACUUGGAGGUGGUAAUGAGGGACCCUAUUCUGUUUGGGGACUUCCGCAUGGCUCUGCACGAAGAGGAGACGCGGGUGUAUGAAGACAUCCAGGACUACGAGGCGGCCAAGGCUCUAUUCCAGGAAAUCCUUGAGGAGUAUAAUGAAACCAACACCAAGAUGAACUUGGUGCUCUUUGACGAUGCCCUGGAGCACCUGAUCCAUGUCCACCGCACCAUCCGCAUGGAUAGAGGCCAUGCGCUGCUGGUGGGUGUUGGGGGCUCGGGGAAGCAGUCCCUUGCCAGGCUGGCCGCCUUCACAGCCGGCUAUGAGGUGUUUGAGAUCAUGCUGAGCCGAGGCUACUCGGAGAACUCUUUCCGGGAAGACCUGAAGAACCUUUACCUGAAGCUCGGAAUUGAGAACAAGACCAUGAUCUUUCUGUUCACGGAUGCACAGGUGGCCGAGGAGGGCUUCCUGGAGCUUAUUAACAACAUGCUGACGUCAGGGAUCGUCCCUGCGCUGUUCCCGGAGGAGGAGAAGGACACGGUCCUCAGCCAGCUAGGACAGGAGGCGCUGAAACACGGCCUGGGGCCGGCCAAGGAGUCCGUGUGGCAGUACUUUGUGAACAAGAGCGCCAACAACCUGCACAUUGUCCUCGGCAUGUCACCCGUGGGGGAGACCCUGCGGACCUGGUGCAGGAACUUCCCAGGUCUGGUGAAUAACACUGGCAUUGAUUGGUUCAUGCCCUGGCCUCCCCAGGCCCUGCAUGCUGUUGCUAAGUCAUUCUUGGGUGAUAAUCCUCUGAUCCCAGGAGAAAAUAUAGACGACCUGGUGGAGCACGUGGUUUUGGUCCACCAGUCCGUGGGUGAAUUUAGCAAACAAUUUCUCCAGAAGUUGAGACGUAGCAACUAUGUAACUCCUAAGAAUUAUCUGGAUUUUAUUAACACGUAUUCAAAAUUGCUGGAUGAAAAAACUCAGUAUAAUAUAGCCCAGUGCAAGCGCCUGGAGGGCGGGCUGGACAAGUUGAAGGAGGCCUCUAUCCAGCUGGAUGAGCUGAACAAAAAGCUGGCUGAGCAGAAGAUUGUGCUGGCUGAGAAGUCCACUGCCUGCGAGGCCUUGCUGGAGGAGAUCGCCACCAACACAGCCAUAGCGGAGGAGAAGAAGAAGCUGUCAGAGGAGAAGGCCAUGGAGAUAGAGGAGCAGAACAAGAUCAUUGCAGUGGAGAAGGCUGAGGCUGAGGCUGCUCUGGCUGAAGUCAUGCCCAUCCUGGAGGCCGCCAAGCUGGAGCUGCAGAAACUGGACAAGUCAGACGUGACAGAGAUCAGGUCGUUCGCGAAGCCCCCGAAGCAGGUGCAGACGGUCUGCGAGUGCAUCCUCAUCAUGAAGGGUUACAAAGAGAUCAACUGGAAGACGGCCAAGGGCAUGAUGUCUGACCCAAACUUCCUGCGGUCUCUGAUGGAGAUCGACUUUGACUCCAUCUCCCAGAGCCAAGUGAAGAACAUCAAAGGCCUCCUGAGGACUCUCAAUACCACCAUUGAGGAGAUGGAGGCCGUGAGCAAGGCAGGCCUGGGGAUGCUGAAGUUCGUGGAGGCUGUCAUGGGCUACUGCGAUGUCUUCAGAGAGAUCAAGCCCAAAAGAGACAAGGUGGCCAGGCUGGAGCGGAAUUUCUUCCUAACCAAACGGGAACUAGAAAGGAUCCAGAACGAGCUGGCCGCAAUCCAGAAGGAACUGGAAGCCUUGGGGGCAAAAUACGAGGCAGCCAUCCUAGAGAAGCAGAAGCUGCAGGAGGAGGCCGAGUUGAUGGAGAGGCGGCUGAUCGCGGCAGACAAGCUCAUCUCGGGCCUGGGGUCGGAAAACGUCAGGUGGCUGAACGACCUGGAUGAGUUGAUGAACCGGCGGGUGAAGUUGCUGGGCGACUGCCUGCUCUGUGCAGCCUUCCUGAGCUAUGAAGGUGCCUUCACCUGGGAGUUCCGCCACCAGAUGAUCAAUGAAGUCUGGCAGGAGGACAUCCUGGAGCGGGACAUCCCCCUGAGCCAGCCUUUCCGCCUAGAAAACCUACUCACAGAUGAUGUGGAGAUCAGCAGGUGGGGCUCCCAGGGACUGCCCCCCGAUGAGCUGUCAGUUCAGAAUGGCAUCCUCACCACCCGCGCCAGCCGCUUCCCGCUCUGCAUCGACCCCCAGCAGCAGGCCCUCAACUGGAUCAAGAGGAAGGAAGAGAAGAACAACCUGCGGGUGGCCUCCUUUAAUGACCCCGACUUCCUCAAGCAGCUGGAGAUGUCCAUAAAGUACGGGACCCCCUUCCUGUUCCACGACGUGGAUGAGUACAUCGACCCCGUGAUUGACAACGUCUUGGAAAAGAACAUAAAGGUCGCCCAGGGACGGCAGUUCAUCAUCCUGGGGGACAAGGAGGUGGACUACGACUCCAAUUUCAGGCUGUACCUCAACACCAAGCUGGCCAAUCCCAGAUACACCCCGUCGGUGUUCGGGAAGGCCAUGGUGAUCAACUACACUGUCACCCUGAAGGGCCUGGAGGACCAGCUGCUGAGUGUGCUGGUGGCCUUUGAGAGGCGCGAGCUGGAGGAGCAGCGGGAACACCUCAUCCAGGAGACGAGCGAGAACAAGAACCUGCUGAAGGACCUGGAGGACUCCCUGCUCCGUGAGCUGGCCACCUCCACAGGAAACAUGCUAGACAACGUGGAGCUGGUGCAGACCCUAGAGGAGACCAAGUCCAAAGCCAUGGAGGUAACAGAGAAGCUCAAGCUGGCGGAGAAGACCGCCCUGGACAUCGACAGACUGCGGGACGGGUACCGGCCGGCUGCUAGGAGGGGCGCCAUCCUGUUCUUCGUCCUGUCCGAGAUGGCCCUGGUCAACUCCAUGUACCAGUACUCCCUGUCUGCCUUCCUGGACGUCUUCGUGCUGUCGCUGAAGAAGUCACUGCCUGAUUCCGUCCUCAUGAAACGCCUUCGGAACAUCAUGGAUACGCUGACUUUCAACGUCUAUAACUACGGGUGCACAGGGCUGUUCGAGAGACACAAGCUACUCUUCUCUUUCAAUAUGACCAUCAAGAUAGAACAGGCGGAGGGGAAAGUCCCCCAGGAUGAAUUAGAUUUCUUUUUAAAAGGAAACAUCUCCCUGGAGAAGAGCAAGCGGAAGAAGCCCUGCGCAUGGCUGUCCGACCAGGGAUGGGAAGACACCAUCCUUCUGUCAGAAAUGUUUUCGGACAGCUUCGGGACGCUUCCUGAUGAUGUUGAAGACCAUCCCACUGUCUGGCAGGAGUGGUAUGACCUGGAUUCGCUGGAGCAGUUCCCGUUCCCCUUGGGGUAUGAUAAGGACAUCACCCCUUUCCAAAAGUUGCUUAUUCUGCGCUGUUUCCGUGUGGACCGGGUCUAUCGGGCGGUGACCGACUAUGUAACCAUAACCAUGGGAGAGAAGUAUGUGCAGCCCCCCAUGAUCAGCUUUGAAGCCAUUUUUGAGCAGAGCACCCCCAACUCCCCCAUCGUGUUUAUCCUGAGCCCCGGCUCCGACCCCGCCAGCGACCUUAUGAAGCUGGCCGAGCGAAGUGGUUUUGGAGGAAACCACCUCAAGUUCCUCGCCAUGGGUCAAGGUCAAGAGAAGGUGGCCCUGCAGCUGCUGGAGACGGCGGUGGCCCGUGGGCAGUGGCUGAUGCUUCAGAACUGCCACCUCCUGGUCAAGUGGCUGAAGGACCUGGAGAAGUCUCUGGAGAAAAUUACCAAGCCCCACCCCAGCUUCCGCCUGUGGCUCACCACGGACCCCAGCAAGGGCUUCCCCAUCGGAAUCCUGCAGAAAUCCUUAAAGGUUGUCACAGAGCCACCCAACGGGCUCAAGCUAAACAUGAGGGCUACGUACUUCAAGAUCUCCCACGAGAUGCUGGAGCAGUGCCCGCACACGGCCUUCAAGCCCCUGGUGUACGUGCUGGCCUUCUUCCACGCAGUGGUGCAGGAGAGGAGGAAGUUCGGGAAGAUUGGCUGGAACGUGCCCUACGACUUCAACGAGUCUGACUUCCAGGUGUGCGUGGAGAUUCUGAACACCUACUUAACGAAGGCCUUCCAGCAGCGUGACCCUCGGAUCCCGUGGGGUAGCCUCAAGUACCUGAUUGGAGAGGUCAUGUAUGGAGGACGUGCCAUCGACAGUUUUGACCGGCGCAUCCUGACCACCUACAUGGAUGAGUACCUGGGAGACUUCAUUUUUGACACGUUCCAGCCUUUCCACUUCUUCCAGAACAAGGAUGUGGACUACAAAAUCCCUGCGGGUGACGCAAAGGAAAAAUUUGUCGAAGCCAUCGAGGCCCUUCCGCUCGCCAACACGCCGGAGGUGUUCGGCCUUCACUCCAACGCCGAGAUUGGUUACUACACACAGGCGGCCCGAGACAUGUGGUCCCACCUGCUGGAGCUGCAGCCACAGACAGGCGAGUCCAGCAGUGGCGUCAGCCGUGACGAUUACAUCGGCCAGGUGGCCAAGGACAUAGAAAACAAGAUGCCCAAGGUCUUCGACCUGGACCAGGUCCGGAAGCACCUGGGCCACAGCAUCUCUCCCACCUCGGUGGUGCUCCUGCAGGAGCUGGGGCGCUUCAACAAGCUGGUGGUGCGCAUGAGCAAGUCCUUGGCCGAGCUGCAGAGGGCCUUGGCUGGGGAAGUCGGAAUGAGCAGCGAGUUAGACGAUGUGGCCAGGUCCCUCUUCCACGGGAGCAUCCCCAACAUCUGGAGGAAGCUUGCCCCCGACACCCUGAAGACCCUGGGCAACUGGAUCCUCUACUUCCUGCGGCGCUUCAGCCAGUACAUGCAGUGGGUCACCGAGAGCGAGCCCAGCGUGAUGUGGCUGUCAGGGCUACACAUCCCAGAAGCCUACCUCACAGCCCUGGUGCAGGCCACCUGCCGGAAGAAUGGCUGGCCGCUGGACCGGUCCACCUUGUUCACACAAGUGACCAAGUUCCAGGACGCGGAUGAAGUGAACGAGCGGGCUGGACAAGGGUGCUUUGUCUCGGGGCUGUACCUGGAAGGCGCUGACUGGGACCUAGAGAAAGGCUGUCUCAUCAAGAGCAAGCCCAAGGUGCUGGUUGUGGAUCUGCCCAUCCUGAAGGUCAUCCCCAUAGAAGCCCACCGCCUGAAGCUGCAGAAUACCUUCCGGACACCUGUCUACACCACUUCCAUGAGGAGGAACGCCAUGGGGGUCGGCUUGGUUUUUGAAGCGGAUCUCUUUACUGUGAAGCAUAUUUCUCACUGGGUGCUACAAGGGGUGUGCCUCACCCUCAACUCUGACUAACCCUGGGACGGGGAGGACCUCGUGAUGACGGUGUCACACCCAUGGCUGGCAGCAGACGUGCUGCUGCUUCGUGACUAAUUGUGGGGUCUCUGUCUGUCAUUACUUGGAGUCUCUCUAGAGGCUGGGGGUGGUGCAGGGAGUUGGCACUGACCUUCCUUCUGUUCGAAAUCAGUCACUUAAAUCUCUAUUAAAUUAACUCAGGUGGCUUUGCUUUUUAAACCACAUUUUAGAGGAUUCUGUGUUCAGAGUAAAAUUAGAGAGUAUUUUAAGAUGUGUUGUGUUUUCUUUCCCUUCUCAGAACUGCUGGCUUCUGCUGGUGUGCCACUGGCACCAGGGAGCACCGUGCCUGAGAGCCUUUGACCUUCUGGGUCUGUUCCUGCAGGUGCCCCCUGCUGGGAAGCCAAUCAAGGCUGCCAGGGUGGGGUGGGUCGGGCGAGCCUCCAUCUAAGCGGGUGGCAGGCUGGACUGACCAAGCCUGGCACUAGGUGACCACUCCUCUGCCUCCACCUGCAGCUGUGGUCUGGGGGCUAAGCUGCUGACCUCAGUGUUUAAUUCCAGCCUGAGCUCCUCGCCUACCCGCCGUGGCCUGUGUGGGUCAGGUCACACCCAGCACCUGCAGACAGGCACCACUGGGCGUCCCCUCCUCCUAAACACAGGCUUGCCUAGCCGGCUGGGGGUGAGGAUGGGUGGUACCCACGGGAGGGCAGCACUGAGCACUGGCAGGACAGAAGGCCUGAGCUUCUGCCACCACCUCAGGUGCAUGGAACGUUCUAGGGACAGCCCUGGGCAGCGAGACCGUGAAGGCCGGG